GAUUGCAAUGGAUAUGCGGAAUUAUGUAGCAGGUCCUAUUCCCAAGUAGCGUUUGCUGCAACACAUAACUCAUAUGCAUAUGGUGGUGUUGGCGCGGCAACUCAAAACUAUGACAUUCCAACACAGUUAAAGGAUGGUAUUAGAGUUUUCCUUCUUGAUGGACACAACUCUACGAAAGGAUCUGAUAUUGAACUUUGUCAUACGCUCUGUAAUCUAUUGGAUACAGGAACUGCUGCAAAUACUUUGAAAAACAUUACAAGUUUUUUGCAAAAGAAUCCGAAUGAAGUAAUAACAAUCUUUUGGGAAAAUUAUGAUAAUAUAGAUCCACUUAGAUACAAAGCUGAGUAUGAUAAAGCAAAUCUGACUCAGUACUGCUUCACACAACCUGUUGGUGAAACAUGGCCUUCUUUGUCAGAGAUUAUUCAAUCUGGAAAACGGGUUAUUAACUUUAUUGACAAGAACGCUAAUAUUAAUACCGUUCCAUGGUUAAUGCCCGAAUAUUCUUACGUAUUUGAAACUCCAUUUGAAAACACUAAUCCUAAUGCAUGGCAAUGUACCGUUGACCGUCCAAAAAAUCAACCUCAACAAUUGUACUUGGUGAAUCAUUUCCUCUAUGCUGCCGUACUCAAUGGUGUCGAACUUCCCCUACCUAACAAUGCCUCCUCAACUAAUAGUGAUAAUCUUGCUAAGCAUGUUCAAAACUGUACUAGAGUUUUUGACGGGAAAAUUCCAAACUUCGUUGCUGUCGACUUUUAUGAUCAGGGUCAAAAUAAUGUAAACGUGCUUAGCGUUGUUGCAGAUUUGAAUAAAGUAACAUAUAAGCCGCAAACUCUUGGUAAUGGAACAACUAUUAAUCCUUCUGGAAAUAAAAAAAGUAGUGCUAGUGAUCUUAGAGUAAAUGGUUUAUUUAGUGCUGGGAUCGCCUUAGCGG